AUGGCCAAAUAUGUAUACUCCACUGACGAUGAGGUUAAUGAUCUCCAGAUUCCAUUUUCAAUAGUUGAUACAACAUCAGCAGGAGGUGGCGAACAACAACAAAACUUUGUUAGUGGUGGCCAUCACUACCCCUAUGACUACUUUGCUAGUCACCCAUUUCCAGGAGUUCAUGCAGCAAACAUCAUUGAUCACCAAGUGAAUAUGACAAGAAAGAAGACGAUGUUGACGAGUGAACAAGUAGAUGCAUUGGAAAGGAGUUUCCGGGAUGAAAUAAAGCUGGAGGAGCAGCAGUCAACUGGUAGAUUUACCGAGCUAAGAAAGAAUAGAGUGAAGUUGGAUCCGGAAAGGAAAAUGAAGCUUUCUAAGGAACUAGGACUUCAUCCUCGUCAAGUCGCGACAUGGUUUCAAAAUCGACGUGCUAGGCUGAAAGGAAAACAACUCGAACGACUGUACAAUGUACUUCAGCAAGAUUACGAAGUCGUCUCCAGGGAGAAGCAACAUCUUCAACAAGAGGGUAUUACGAUUUGUACAUACACUAAGGUUCUGGAAUUGAAAGAGAAGCUUGACGGUCGCCAGUCAAUGAAAGCUUCUAUAGGAUACAUGGAACAUGGGUCGCAAGUGCAAGCUGAGAGUAACGUUGAUGAUAAUGGGAGUAUACGGACUUCUUCUGCUGUUCAAUGCUCAAAUGAUGUAGAGCAAAGACGAACCAGUAACUCAAACACACAGAUUUCAGGGCGCAAUAGUUAUUUUCUCAGUGAUGAUGCCACUGGGGGGACCAGGGGCUGGCUUACCUUAGCACCAGCAGCUGGGAUGGAGCUACAUGAAGAUUAG